UAACUGUUGAAAAGCCUGCAAAGGUUAUAGGUUGUUUAUUUAUGCUAAGUGUAAUUAAUCUAACAUAUGGCUGAGCUGUUAAUUAAAACUAUGGAGACAAACAGCCUGCAGCUUUUCCUGAAUACCCAUCUUUACUAAGAGACAGCUCAGCUCAGUGACCUGAUAUCACUAUCCUUUGGAGAUACAAUGAGUAAUCCGAUUGGAGAUGAUGCACAAUCUGGCCGAGAUGAAGAAGACCGUGAAGGUGAGUUGCUCUGCUUGAAGAUUAAAGCCCAGUUGGAGGAUUUGUUCUCCGACAGCCACCUGGCAGAGGACGGCUUCCUGCUGAAGCAUGUGCAGAAGAACAAGCAGGGCUACGUCAGUCUCAAGCUCCUCACUUGUUUGAAAAAGAUAAAGGUCCUGACCACAAACUGGUACAUGACUCUAGCAGGAGCAGAGUACUCCGAGCUACUGGAGGUGAACGAUGAAAGCACCAAAGUGAGGCGGAUAGAGCCGCUCCCCAAGUGGCUGCUGUAUUCCCCCACCAGCAAGCUCCUCCUCGCCUGGAACCUUUCUGAGGAGGAAACGACAGGAGAAGAAGGAGACCUUGUGCAGCCUUCCCUCUCUGAGAGGAUCCUCAAGAAAGUCAGCGCUCAUGGCAAACCGUCUUCAUCCUGGAUCCUGCAUCCUGGCAAAGAGCUUCCCAAGGUGCUGCAGUGCUACGGUAAGCGCCACAAGGAGCUCGGCCAGCAUUUGUGUGUCGUGGUGAAGUUUGAUCGUUUGGAGGAAGUUCGUCAGGUCUACGAUGCCUUGAAAGCAGAAGAAGACGGCAGAGGCAUGUGUGUGGUACCUUUGGGAUUCCAGUCAGUGCAUAAUAUCACUAAGGACAAACCAUCAGAGGACAAGAGCCAACCUGAGGGCAUACCUUCUCAGGAAAAUCCACUUGAAACCUCAGAGGAUUCAAUCCAGGAGGAACCCUCUGCACCAGCUAAAGUUCCUGACGAGACUCCAGACACGUCUCAGUCCUCAGAGAACUCUGUGCAAAGACCCUCUAAGCAGAUCUCAAGCAGCUACAGCAGCCAGCCCUUCUCCGGUUUGACUCAGAGGUACAGUAAGAAGAGCUGGUGCUCUGGAGACUACGAUAGAGAGAAUUCUCAGAGCCCCUGGGUGCUCAGGCGCAAAUUUGCAGCCAGUGUAUUAAACCCCAAGGUGGAUCUGCAAGUGAGCGCACCCUGUUUGAUGCAAAGAGUGCUACGCCAGCCCCUCGGCCCUGACGGCACCAAGGGCUUUCAGAGCAGAAGGAAGCAGCUGCAGCUCGGUGGCAGACUUGUAAUUAUAUAACCUGAUGAAGGAAAUAAAAUAUCU